AUGCUGCAGAUAAAAAACUACGACGAAGUCAAGGACCCUCUAGAUCACUUAGAAUCCGUCAAAACCCUAAUGCUCCUUCAAGGAGUGGUAGACGAGAUCAUGUGUAGGGCCUUCCUUACCACACUAAGGGAUCCUGCAAGAAUUUGGUUCAGUAGGUUGACGCCCAACUCCAUCAGUACUUUCAACGACCUAAGCACCCAGUUCGCUUCACACUUCAUCAAGGGACAUAGAUAUAAGAAGUCAACCGCAUGCCUCAUGAGCAUUAGGCAACGGGAGGAUGAGACGCUGAGGUCUUAUAUAGCCUGCUUCAACAAGGAAGCACUCUCGAUUGACGAAGCCAAUGAUAAGAUACUCGUGGCAGUCUUCACGAACGGGCUACGAAAAGGUAAGUUUCUAUUCUCCUUAUACGAGAAUGACCCGAAAACCAUGUCGGAUGUGCUUUACAGGACCACCAAGUACAUGAAUGUUGAAGAUGUGUUGUUGGCCCACAAGGAGAAGCUCAAGAAAAGAGAGAGGUAG